GUCUGUCUAGAGAUCCCAUCCGUCUACAGCACCUACCUCUUCAGUCUUCACACGUCACACCAACCUCGCACAGGAGGGCCGCCGCCCCUGCUCCGACCUCCGAGAACCGAAUGGCUGCCGCCGCUGCAUCUUCGUCGCCUCCGGCUGCCAUCACCUGCCGAGCUGCGGUGGCCUGGGGGCCGGGCCAGCCGCUGGUCAUGGAGGAGGUGGAGGUCGCCCCGCCGGGGCCCAUGGAGAUCCGCGUCAAGGUCGUCUCCACCUCCGUCUGCCGCAGCGACGUCACUGCCUGGCAAUCCAAGGCGCAACCUGAUCUGUUCCCUAGAGUCUUCGGCCACGAAGCAUCCGGAGUAGUAGAGAGUGUCGGUGAAGGUGUGACCGAGUUCCAAGUCGGAGACCACGUUCUCACUGUCUUCAUUGGGGAAUGCAAGAGCUGUAAGCAUUGCGUCUCGGGGAAAAGCAACAUGUGCCAGAAGCUCGGUUUGGAGAGGAAGGGUGUCAUGCACAGUGAUCAGAAGACCCGCUUCUCUGUCAAGGGGAAACCUGCGUACCAUUACUGUGCCGUGUCAAGCUUCAGCGAGUACACGGUUGUCCAUUCUGGAUGUGCGGUGAAGGUUGGCCUGACCGUGCCAAUGGACAGGGUGUGCCUGCUGAGCUGCGGUGUGUCUGCAGGACUCGGUGCAGUCUGGAACGUAGCUAAUGUAUCAAAGGGCUCAAGUGUAGCUAUAUUUGGUCUUGGGACCGUAGGACUUUCUGUCGCUCAAGGUGCUAAGCUUCGGGGGGCGUCCAAGAUUAUAGGAGUUGACACUAAUGCUGAGAAGCAAGAAAAGGGGAAAUUAUUUGGUGUCACGGAUUUUAUUAACCCAGAUGAAUUGAGUGAACCUGUUCAACAGGUAAUCAAAAGGAUUACUGAUGGAGGGGUGGAUUACUCUUUUGAAUGUGUUGGUGAUACUGGAGUAGUAUCCACUGCACUUCAAUCAUGUUCUGAUGGCUGGGGAGUAACUGUAACUCUUGGUGUACCAAAAACAAAACCAGAAGUGUCUGCUCAUUAUGCAUUUCUUCUAUCCGGAAGAACACUGAAGGGAUCUUUGUUUGGAGGAUGGAGACCUAAAUCUGAUCUACCUUCAUUGGUGGAUAAAUAUGCAGACAAGGAAAUCCAAGUUGAUGGCCUAGUCACGCAUGAUAUACCAUUCAGUGAAAUCAACAAAGCACUUGAGCUCAUGCUAGAAAACAAGUGCUUGAGAUGUGUGAUUCACAUGCCACAGUAACAGGAUCCGACAGCUGCACAUGAUUUCUACCAUAUGUUACAUAUCUGCUUUCCCCCUUGAUCACCUUUGUGGCUCAACUGCUCAAGUACUUAUCAGCACAUCGGAGCUCGACUUUUUGCCCUUUUCUGGUGUCCUGGUAAAGUUGUUGUAGAUCCAGCUACCCAAGUCCAGAAUUGUCCAGAGAACUAGACUGAUUUGCUUUUGUAUCUUCUUAUUACUUUUUCUUCAGGAAUUGUCUUACUGAUGUUGAAUCUGUAAUGGCUGCUCUGUUAUUUUAAUGUUCCAAGUAUAAGGCAUCAAGCCAAUAUUGUUCUUCUGUUUAACCUUUGGUUUGAUGAAUUGAGAUUUGAAGGAUUCUUGAA